CUAGCGCUCAUGUACAAGAUCAGAUUAUUUGCUCGUCAUGUCAGAUACUUCAUAUCAGUGCAUUUUGUUUUUCAUCUGGGGUUUACAGCCGACACUGCUUGAGAGCUGUUUUGGGUUCCAAACUACAUACAAGAAUUAUAUCUGAGUGAUCGAUUGUUUGGACGCCUGCAUUAACGUGGGGGGAAAAAAUUAGCCUCUGGAUUUCUAGCCUCAAGGCUUUUAAUGGAAGGAUACUGUUACAGAAGAAAUAAUGGGCUGCGGUCAGCAGAUGAACAUCAUUAUGCUGUUGAAGCCAGGAAAAUUAAACAACAUACUUAAUAAGAGAAACGAACAUAAAUAAAAGCUGGAACUGAACACAGUUUUUUUUUUUUUUUUGAAUAUCAAACAGAUUUUAUUCUGCUUUCUUUGUUCCUCCACUAAUUUGAUUUCAGCCAGUUUCUUCACAUCUUGUAUUUAAAUACUUACACCAAGGGGACUGAUCAUGCAAGAAAAUGUGAGCUCCAGAAUGGACACCCCCACCAACAUCUCUCUGGUGGGGACCGGGGACGCUGUGUCUGAGUCCCUGGAGUAUAAGACAGUAUCUGUGUUCCUGGUGCUGCUGGUGUGUGGUGUGGGCAUUGUGGGAAACGUCAUGGUCGUGCUGGUGGUUCUUACCACACGGCACAUGCGUACACCCACCAACUGCUAUCUGGUGAGCUUGGCUGUGGCAGACCUGAUGGUCCUGGUGGCUGCGGGUCUGCCGAACAUAUCUGAGAGCUUGAUGGCAACCUGGGUGUACGGGCAUGCUGGGUGCUUGGGCAUCACCUACUUUCAGUACCUUGGUAUUAAUGUGUCCUCCUGUUCGAUCACAGCCUUCACUGUGGAGAGAUACAUUGCCAUAUGUCACCCAAUGAGGGCUCAAACUGUCUGUACGGUAUCCCGAGCGAAACGCAUCAUUGCCGGGGUGUGGGCUUUCACCUGUGUUUACUGUAUGCUCUGGCUGUUCCUGGUGGACAUCCAGGUGAACCCUGAUGGUCGUGUGCAGUGCGGCUACCGCGUCUCUCGAGACCUCUACCUGCCCAUCUACCUGAUCGACUUUGCCAUCUUCUAUGUGAUCCCACUGCUUCUAGCCAUCGCCCUUUACGGUCUCAUCGCUCGAAUCCUUUACCUGAAUCCUCUGCCCCACCCACCAGACUCGGGUACCAUAACUGCCCCCACACUCAGGAGGAGCUGCAAAGAACCAGCGGACGCCGGAAAAGCAGGGCGUCAAGGACGCCCGAAGAGUGCAAUUUCUUCCCGGAAACAGGUCACUAAGAUGCUUGCAGUGGUGGUUGUGCUCUUCGCCCUGCUGUGGAUGCCGUAUAGGACCCUGGUUCUCAUUAACUCCUUUGUGAGCACCCCAUACCUUGAUGCCUGGUUCCUACUCUUCUGCAGAACUUGCAUUUAUGCCAACAGUGCAAUCAACCCUGUCGUUUACAACCUAAUGUCCCAGAAGUUUCGCUCUGCCUUCCGUGGGCUGUACCGCUGCCAUAGGGAAGACGUGCACCAGCGGACGCUCUCCAUGCUCCAGUGUGGAUGCAGCGUUGGAAGGGACCCCCGACUUUGCAGUAACACCAACGGCACACCUAAGAAAAUCAGUUUAGUCACUCCUGAGCAGAAACCAAACAAAGGCAUGGAGGUCCGCAAGGAAAAUAUGAAUGAGCUAAUUAGCGAUGGUGUAAAAAAUGAGACUGAGCCAAGCUUCAAGAGACACACAGUUGAAAACUGCAACAUAGAUGAACUGAAAAGCUCAGUUGACAAGGAGGUACCUACAGUGGAGAACGUGGACAUGAGCAAGAUUAAUGAUAAUGGGAAAAUAAUGGAGGAAAGCGAUAAUAAAGCUCAGGAUAUUAUCGCUGACGUAAACUACACGGAGCAGACACAGCUAGUCGCCGGUGAAUUCAAAUCUACUCUGGAAGAAGCUGAACAGAAUGACACUGGGUUAAAUCACAGCAUUGUAUAGAUCAUUCCACUACAGACUGGAUCUAUUUCAUUGAAGUGGCAGGGUUGAACAGUAGAGCCUGGUUGUUCAUUUUAAAACCAGAUCUUGGAAUUCGAAACUUGUAUUUACAGGCGUCAUCCUCACUCUUCAGUGGAAGUGGCAAGACUGGAGCAAGAAGUGGAACCAUUUGGCUGUCAGCAUCACAUGCCUUCUAGAGCUCAACACAACUUUUAAAAUAUGAACUAAUUUUAAAACAAGCAUUUCUUGCUGACUUUGUUAAUGGCUAUAGAUAAAUUGAACAACAUAUGCUAAAUCACUUAGGGUCAUAUGCUACCAGACUUUCAAGAAAUGUUGAAUAUCAGAAUGUGCCUCAUUGCUAGGAGAUGCAUGACAAAAUUAAACAAUAUGUGUUUUAAAGUCAGCUCAAAAUAUCAAGCAUGUUUGAUAUCCUUCAAUGGAACUAUUGCUGACUGCAAGUCAAAAUUAUGUAGUGUUUUCAAACUGGGCUUUUGCUUCAAUGGAUAGUACAUACAAAAGAAAUAAAAAAAGAAUUACUGUUUAAAGUCAGCAUGAAAUGGAAAUGUAUCAUAUCUACAUUGUAAAUAUAUCUUAUUGUGAAUGAUUUAUCCAUACAUGCUUAUUUAUUUUUAUUUUACCUCAUCAUUUUUCAUCGAUCUUUCAGUGAAAUACCAGACUUCUCCACAAUCAUUUAGUCUGCAUUCAGAUCUGCCUUCAUCCAAUCAGCAAAUAUGAAUAGAACCAAGUCCCUGCCCAACGAUUUUUCCCUUUUCUAAAAUCUGUUUCACUCAGAUAUAUGUCAAAAUAUGGAAGGAAAGUCAUUACUUCUAUAACAUCAAGUUACACAGUCUUCUUUAAAAGAACCAAAUUCUUUCAGUUGACCCAAAAGUGAACUAAAAAAAAUGGCGAACUCAAAAAAAAAAAAGACGACACUUAAAACAGUGGGGCUCCUUCCCUUUCGAUCUACAAACUAAAUAUUGAAUAACAUUUCAACCUUUUAAUAAUCACACAAGGCCAUAUCACAAUUUCGACUUGAAUUUCAUUAUUUGUGCAGCCUUAGCUCCAGGAUGUGUCUACUCUCACAAAACCAUUUUGCCCACUUUGUGUCUUCAAAAUCAGCGCAAUGAGAAACAAAUAAAUCUCAUCCUGCUUUAAAGCAAAGACGCCAAGUUAUCGCAAAAAACAUUCAGGAUACUGCGUGAUUUCACCAAGUAUAACAUGUUCCUGGAUCAACAUUCCAAUCAACCAAUCAGA